AUGGAGGACUACCGCCACUUCUCCCCACGGCCCUAUCGGGACCUCUGGGAAUCUCCGCCGCCUGGGGGAGAGCGCGGGUCCCCGGGGCCGCUGGGCGGGCCCGAGUCGGCCAGGGACACCUGGGCGGGGACUCUGUGCGCUGGGUGCGAAGCAGGAGCGCCCUGGCAUCGCCCGCGCUGUUUGCCCACCCAGAGGUCUGGUCGGCCUGGGUAUAUCACCUCCCCGCAGGAAAGCCACAGCCUGACCCACGUGGCCCAGAGACCCCCGGACCGUGUUAGGAAGCCCCGAUCCGGCAGCCGGCGCCUGGAAGAUGACUGGGAGGAGUCCGGAACCCACUGUAGCCCCGCUUGGCGGCAGCAGCGAUCUCCACAGCCCCAGCCCUGCUUCUGUUACCCCUCGGCCCAGGGAGAUUCGCCCCCACCGUACCCCGGGGGAGCUUACACUCCCCCCUGUGUUAGAACUUUUGGGAAAGAGAAGCCGCAGAAGGAAGAACGGUGGGCCGUGCCCGUGUACACACACGUGGGUUGCUGGUCCCCUUCGUCGGUUCUCACGGAGAAGUCCUCCGUGUCCUCUCAAGAGUGCAGGACGAAGUCCGCCUGCCUGUGCGCCCAGAAGCAGGACGGCGGUGGGCGGAUGGAGUCUGCGGACAGUCCGUGCUCGCAGCCCUCGGCCUCCAGCGGGCACAAUCAGGCCCUCAAGGGCAAGCUGGAAGAGGUGGUGAUGUCAUCCAGAGAUCAGAAGAUCGUGGCCCUGGUGCUGACUCGGCUCAAGAAGGCGCAGCGGAUGCGGGAGCUGCAGCAGCAGGCGGCGGUGGCCUGGGAGGAGCUGAAGCGCUCCGACCAGAAGGUGCAGCUGACCCUGGAAAGGGAGCGCCGCCAGCUCCUGCAGCAGAGCCAAGCGCAGUGGCAGCAGCAGAAAGAGCAGCGCAAGACUCGCCCGCAGCCGGGCAGGCGGCGGGACCGCCAGGGGAAGCAUCUUGCCGUGACCAAGGGGAACAAGCACGCUGGGGUCCCGGGUGACAGUGCGUGCAAGACACCGAGUCCAUCACCCGAGGACCAGGAGAACCAGUGGCGGGAGAAGCAGGAGAGGACGCAGGCGCAGGCCGAGCCAAGCAAGCAGGGCCAGGUGCAGCGCCUCUGGGAGCAGGAAAGGAUGCUCCAGAGGCUGCGGGAGCUCAACAGCCUGCGCCUGAACAAGAAGCUGGAGGAGGCCCGGUACACGAGGCAGAUGCACGCCCUGGAGUCCCAGAAAAACGUCCGAGAGGCCAACCUGAGUUCCCUUGUCAAUUACCAAGCCCGCAAGGUCCUCAUGGACUGUCAACUCAAGGCGGAGGAGCUCCUCAGGAAGCUGUCACUAGAGCAACGGAAAGAACGCUCGUCCCAAGAGACACACCAGGGCCCGGUGAAGAAACCGCACCCCGAGCAGCAAGAGAGAGCCCAGAAGGAGGAAGAGCCGUUGAAACAGGCCAAGGGGCACACGCAGGAGUCGAAGGAGCACAAGCAAGUGCUCAAGAGGAUGUUGCUAGAGCUAGCAGAACAGAAGAUCCGGCAUUCCAGGAGUCACGCGCAGAAAACCACCCGAGACAGGGCGCAACAUCUGAGGGAGUUCAACACCCUGCAAGAGAAGAACCACCAGAUCCUGAAGCUGAAGGCCGAGAAAGAGCAAAAAUACCACAUUGAGGGUGCCAAGGAAGCCGUUAAGAAAAGGGAGCAGACAUCCCACAAGCAAGAUCUUCCAUUCCAGGACUUCCACAAACUCCCCUCGGCUUCGAGGAGAGACAGUGGUGGCGGGCCUUCCCCUUCCGACAGCUGCUUUGAUCCGGUGGCAGCAGAGCCCCAGAGGCACACACGUAAGCACAGAGGAGACUACUGA